UCCAUGCAUCCAUCCAUCCAUCCAUCCAGCAUCCAUCCAUCCAUCCAUCCAUCCAUCCAGCAUCCAUCCAUCCAUCCAUCCAUCCAUCCAGCAUCCAUCCAUCCAUCCACCCACCCAUGAUGAUUGACCCGGCCCAGUGUUGUCCACAAUUAUUGGCUCUUCUGCUAAGAAGCCCUAAAAUAAAUUCAUCCUUUAUUGCAGCAGAACAAAUAUAUUUUUUAAUUUUAAAUCAAUCCAACAUUUAAAUUUGUUCAGUGGAGGAAAAAAACUCACAUUAAGAAAUAAGUGCUUUUACAAAAUUAAAGCAAUUAUUGAUAUUAUUAUUAGCCCACAGCAUCGCACACCCUUCUUCCCAGUCCAUCAGGUGAUCACGUCAGCAUAUCUGUUUAAGUUUCUGGUUUUUAUUCUCCUACCUGCCAUCAGGUUGUCUGAUGAGCUUCUUCUUCACAAGGGUUUGACUUCACAUCCUGAAACAUGUGAUUGUUGAAAGUGUCUCUGUGAAAUCUAAGUUUUUACAGAAGAUUAAACUCAAAACAACAAAGAAAAGAACACCAAGAGAAAACCUUCAGCUGAAUGGAUCUACUGAACUUCAGGUGUGUGUGCAGCGUAUUAUUGUGGAAGUCCGUAAUUAAAAUGAAUCCAGCUCUGAACCUAAUCUGUUUUACCUGAGGUCUGCAGAUCAAUGACUGCAGGCAGCUUCUGCUUUCUCCUCCUUCCUGCUCUGAAGCCUCGGCCGGUUGUUGAUCCCCUCGUUUCUGUCUCUGUGUUAAUUGGCUGCUAAUGUCCUGCUGUUGAUAAGGGCGGAUCUUCCUCCCUCGAAAACUGAUUUCCUGAUGAAAUAUUUCAAUUAAAAUCUGCUCCUACUCAUUUCCACGCCUGUUAGGAGGCAAGUUAUGUCACAAAGACAAGUUCUGCAGGAUCCUGACAUCUUCAACAGAUCUUCCACUAAACAUGAACCGGUUUUCCUGCAGGAGGCUGUUUGUCUCAAAGCAGCUCCUAAUGGAGCAAAACCUGAAACAAAUGACCAGAAAAACCACAAUAAGAAAGGUUUCCAUGCGCUGAACGUCCUCAUGAUUCCUGAACCGGAGUUCUGCUUUGGUUCUUCUUUAAAAGGCUGAGGCUCCCUCUGCAGACCCGGUCCAAACUGAUCAACUUGCUUCUGUCAAUUACCUGCUGCAGACUUGUGAGCCAUAGUGGAGAUCUGAGAGGUGACAGAACCUGGAAACCGGGCUCAGGCGGGCCUGACAGAAAGGGUCAGAACAUUUAAACAGAAAACUGGACUAAAUGUAGAAGAUAAAAACCAUGAAGUAAAUGUUUAAUACUGGAAAAAAAAUAGUGAAGCCAAACAAACAAUCAGCACCGUUUGGGUACCACAAUGAAUCGGGCUUUUACAGAUUUUUGUUCUCAGGAUCUGAAAAAUGGAAACCACAGAGGAAAACAUCCUGAUAGACCAAGCAUGAAGACAGAACAAAGGAAAUCUGCCUUCAAAUAAAAAUGUUAUUAUAAUUCAUUUAUUUUAUUUAAAUUGAUCUAUUUGUAGAUCAAUUUUUCAUUUAGUUUUAUUGAGUUCUGUUACAUUUCAUUUUACCUCGUUUUAUUUGAGCUUUUUUAUAAUCCGGAACUCCUUCAACCAAAUGAAAUAACUGCCAUUCCUGGCAACACCGAUAAAAAAUGUACUACUUUAAUGAAAACGUGAUAGGCUUCACAAUGACUGCGCGCAGAAGAACAUCGUUUUACUGGAAGUCCACGAAUCCAACGAAUGCUUCUACCUGGAUCAGUUAAAGCCUUGAAUUUUAACAUGUAUCUGUUUUAUUCUGUGCCCUUCCCAUUUAAUAAAUAAAUAAGAAUAAAAAGAUAAUCAAAGUUAAAAUCUCACUGUAUUGAAUUUGCACAUAAAUGUAGUGAUUUUAUUUUAUUCUAUUUAUUGUUUUAAUUUCAUGUCGAUUCAGUUGUCAUGUUUGUUUUUAGUAAUUUUAUAUAUUUUUAAAUAGUUUUAUUCAUUGAGCUGAACAUUAAAAUUCUUGAAGUCAUAUAUUGCGUUCUGCAGAGCUGUUCUGUUGCAUGAAAUCAUUUUAAUUUUACCGUUAAACCGACUCAUAAAACAGUUUCUGAAUGAAGCGGAUCUAAGAAUGCUGACUCAGGGUUUUGAACCAACAUCAUGGUUGUAAUAACUGAUGCUCAGUCUGAAGAACAUGUGGAAGGAGUUCUUCUAGUUUCAUUGUCUGGUCGGUUUAGGGACAAAAUUCCUAAAAUUGUCCAGAUGUGAAGCUUCAGGCAGGAUUUUAGAUGUGAAGAACAUUGGAGAAAGGAGAGGCCACUUUUCAUCUUCUGAACAGGUCAUUCCUGACCAGACCUCCCCCUCUGUAUCCCCCUCCUCCCUGCUGCGGUAAAAUCUCCUGAGUGGCUGCAGCUCUCCCUCUGUGGGACUCUCCUCCCUCCUGCUCCUCCUCUCUCCUCCUCUGCACCCCUCUCAGCAGGGAUUCUCAGUGCAGAGCCGGAGCGCAGAGAGGAAAAGUCUCUCCUGAGGAUCUCCAGCUGGAGAGUCAACCUAAAGAGUUUCUGGAUUCCUUCCUCCGUGAGGCGAAGGUCACUUCUCCUCCCGGCUGAUGCUCUGAGUCUUUUCCUGCUUUUUCUUAAACCUCUGUCCAGCAGCAGUGGGUGAAAUCAUGAACGUGUUUAAGAGCCGGCUGUUGGGGAUCUCCGUGGCCGUGGCGCACGGCGUUUUCUCCGGCUCUCUCAACAUCCUGCUCAAGUUCCUCAUCAGCAAUUAUCACUUUGGCUUCCUGACGCUCAUCCAGUUCCUGACCAGCUUCACAGCGGCGCUCACUCUGGAGACCCUGAGGCGGCUGGGGAGGAUCCAGAUCCCUCCGUUCAGCGUGCAGCUCUCCAAGGAGUUUGGGUCGGUGUGCAUCCUCUCCACGCUGCAGUCUACUCUCACUCUGUGGUCACUCCGUGGCCUCAGCCUGCCCAUGUACGUCGUGUUCAAGCGCUGCCUGCCAUUCUUCACGCUGUGCAUCGGCGUGUGCGUGCUCAGGAACGCCUUGCCGUCUGUUGGUGUGGUGACUGCUGUGCUCAUCACCACCGGGGGCGCUGUACUGGCAGGUGCUGGUGACCUCACUGGGGAUCCCUUUGGUUACGUCACAGGGGUACUGGCUGUAAUCAUACACGCCUCCUACCUGGUUCUGAUCCAAAAGACCAGUCUUGAGAGCGAAUAUGGACCUCUGACUGCACAGUACGCCAUCACCAUCAUGGCAUCUCCGGUCCUACUCAUUUGCUCCGUCAUCUCCAUGGAUGCCUUCAACAUGUGGUCAUACGAGGGCUGGAAGGAACCUGAGAUAAUGAUCAUCUUCAUCCUCUGCAUCUUCAUCGGCUGUGCCAUGAACUUCACCACUCUGCACUGCACCUACAUCAACUCGGCUGUCACCACUAGCUUCGUCGGCGUGGUCAAGAGCAUCGCCACGAUCACCGUUGGCAUGCUGGCCUUCAAGGAUGUGGCUCCGUCGCGGCUGUUCAUCGGUGGCGUGGUGGUGAACACCAUCGGCUCCAUCACCUACUGCGUGGUCAAAUACUUUGAGACGAAGAAGAAGAGUUUGUACGAGGAUCUGGAGAAGACAGAGAAGGAUGCCUCACAGCCUGGGGACCCUUACACAGAGAUGCAACCACCACUGAACGCCGGAGAGCCCACCACUGGAGCUGAUCUGGGAGAAUCAGGGAGAGGAGAAAUGCUGAGUGGUAAUGGGAAAGUGGAAGAGGCACCUCAUUUAUCAAACGGAUUAUCAGUGGGAGAGAGCGCACAAGGAGAGGGAGGCCUGAAAUCUGUUGUGAUGACUGAAAAAGAUGUGCUGGAGAUGCAGAGGGAGCACCUCCACAAGGAAAGCACCACCUCUUCUCAGGCCACCACUGAUAGCUUUGUAGGAGUAUGGAAAUCCAUCAGAAAUGUGCAGUUUACAAAGAAAGAAAACUUGAUUGAUAACAUAGAGCUGCAGAGUCCAUAAGGGCAGGAUGGAAACUCAAACAGGCUCUUGAGAAAAACGAAAAACUAACUUAGAGAAAAGAGACCUCAGGAGCCUGAACUUCCUCUGCAGGUCUGCCAGGAACCUCUUUCAUUAGCAUCAGCCGUGCUUGACAAAUGCUUGUUGGUCUUAUUGGCAGCUGUAGCUGCUUUACCUCAAGGAAAUCGCUCAAACUGAAGAUUUUUGUCUCAGAACUAAAGAACCAGGAGACAGAAAGAGGUUUUUUUGUUAUUGAUGAAUAAAAAUAGGUUCCAGGUUGAGACAGCUGGAUGAGAAGCGCUGAGCAAAGCUGCCUGUGGGGAGAAAUUUUUGUUGCCUGGCAUGCAGAGGGGGCAGCGCAGAGCACAGCGUAGCAUGAAGUGGUCUGUAUCAGCUGGUGAUCCAGGUCCUGUUGAACAUCGAGUCAGGGAAGAGUUUCUGCUUGUGCAUUAGAACCUGGGUGGGUUGUUUUAAAUGGGCUUUUUGUUCACUGAACUCUGCAGGUCUGCUGGUUCACGUUUUAUAUGCUUCCAUAUCACCAUCAUCAACAAAAAGCCUUGUCAACAUGUCAAAGUGAAAACUGUUUUAAUGUGUCUGCCAUGAUGAUGCUGAGUGUUGUGUUCUGUGGGUCACCCGGGUCACUGAGGGGAUUAUUGGUGCAUUGUGACUAUUUACUCAAGUAAAAGAACCUAAAUGAAGUACUUUCACUGAGAAGUUUCUUUCCAUGACGUUUUAUACUUCUUUAUCACAUAAUAGGUAGAUUUUGGCUUGUUUUUACACUGCCACUGUUUUUCCUGUUUUGUUCUGAUGUGUCUUCAACCAAAAUGCUAAAAAUUCUCUUUAUUGUUUUUAGUGUUUGCAAAGCUUGGUGGAGAAAAGAAACGCUCAGAUGUCUUCACAACAAUCUGAUAUCCAGCAGUGAUUUAAAGGGGACUGUGGCCUUUAUUGUAAACAUCAGGCUUAUUAAAAGAACAACGUUUGAUUAUGUAGGUUUUUUGCUGUUUGAUGAGACAAAUAAAGGGACUGCAUCAAUUCA